AUGGCCCAGCAGCGGCUGGUGCAGCUCUCGGCGCAGCGCCCCGCCAGCACCGUGUGCGUGCUGGGCACCGAGCUCGCCCUCGACGUGGCCGGCUCCUACUUCGCCGCCGACGGCGGGGUGCCCCUGGGCAGAGCCAUGCUCUACGUGACCUGCGUGGAGGUGGCGCUGGAGGCCGACGGCAGCCGCAGCGGCGCCCCGGGCCGCACGCUGGCUGAUAAGCGCCUCUGGACGUGGGGGCCCGAAGGCCACGGCGCCGUCCUGCUGGUGAACUGCGACCGCGAGGAGCCCCGCGCUGCGGGGCAGCACGGCGAGGCCGCCGCCACGCGCUCCUACGAGGACCUCAAGGACAUGUCGCAGCUGGUGCUGCGCACGCGCGGACCCCGCGCCGUCUUCGCCAGCCACCGCCUCGUCCUCCACGUGGGCUACGGCGACGCCGACAAGCUCGGCGUGUUCUACGGCGGGCCCGGCCCCUCCGUGGAGGACUACAAGCACGUGCUGGGCGGCCAGAAGCUCGCGUACGCCGUGAAGCCCAGCAGGCACCACGAGGAGAACGUCUUCUACGUGGAGGCGCUGAGCUUCCCGGACGCCGCCUUCGAUGGGCUCCUCUCCUUGCACGUGACGCUCCUGGAGAGCGCCGAGAAGGGCUCGCUGGAGACGCCCGUYUUCACGGACACCGUGGUCUUCCGCGUGGCGCCGUGGAUCAUGACGCCCAACACGCUGGCGCCCGCCGAGGUCUAUGUGUGCAGCCUGGCCGACAACCAGGAGUUCGUGGUGGCCGUGAGCGCCCUGGCGCAGCGGGCCGGCUGCGCCGUCACYGUGUGCCCGCUGCUGGAGAACCGCCACGACCGCUGGAUCCAGGACGAGAUCGAGUUCGGCUAUGUGCAAGCUCCCCAUAAGACGUUCCCCGUGGUCUUCGACUCGCCCCGCGACCGCGGGCUCAAGGACUUCCCAGUCAAGCGCAUCCUGGGCCCCGAUUUCGGCUACGUGGCCCGGGAAGCGCCAGAAGGCGCCUCCGGCCUCGACUCCUUCGGGAACCUGGAGGUGAGCCCGCCGGUGACGGCGCAAGGCAAGGACUUCCCGCUGGGCCGCAUCCUGGUGGGCAGCAGCUUCCCCAGGUUCGGUGGCCGGCGGAUGGCCAAGGCCGUGCGGGAUUUCCUGGUGGCGCAGCGGGUGCAGGCGCCCGUGGAGCUCUUCUCCGACUGGCUCGCCGUGGGCCACGUCGACGAGUUCCUCACCUUCGUGCCGGCUCCCGACCGGCAGGGAUUCCGGCUGCUCCUGGCCAGCCCCAGCGCCUGCUACCGCCUGCUCAAGGAGAAGCAAGAGGAGGGCUACGGGGAGGCCACCAUGUUCGAGGGGCUGAAGGGGGUGGCCAAGCCGAGCGUGAAYGCGCUGCUGGCCGACGAGGCGCUGCGCAAGUUCAACGCGUUCGCCCAGAGCUGCAUCAGCUGGAACCGCGACGUGCUCAAGCGGGAGCUGGGCCUGGCCGAGAGGGACAUCGUGGACGUGCCGCAGCUCUUCCAAGGGGACGGGCAGGCGGGCGCCCGCGCCCUCUUCCCCGACAUGGUGAACAUGCUGGUGCUGGGGAGGCACCUGGGCAUCCCCAAGCCCUUCGGGCCCGUCAUCCGCGGCCAGUGCUACAAAAAAUACCCCCAAAUCCCCUAA